AUGACAGGCUACAAUGCCUCUUUCCCAAAAUGCCGCUCGAUCCGGGCGGGAGACACAAAAGGCGGCGUCGGCUUCCUCAUCAUCGCCGCCAUCGAAUCCCUCUCCGUUGCCCUCCCCCUUCCCCCCUCCCUCCCCUUCAUCUUCUCCGCUUCGCUCUCAAUCCUCGCCGUCGCUAACUCCAUCCUCACCUCCAUUCUCUCAGCCGAUCCCAUCGGCUAUCCACUCCCUCUCUCCUCCCUCCCCGUCGCCGCUUUCUUCCUCCUCUUCGCACUUUCUUCCCUCUUCUCCCUCUCCAAUCUGUGUCCCCUCCCCAACCCUAUGCUUCAUUUCCUAUCCCUCUCCGCCUUCAUCCAGGAAUUCCUCCUCUUCCGCCUUCGCAACAACAAGGAUCCCGACGGCCUCGAGAAUCGUUACUUCGACCUUCUGCUCGUUCCAAUCUUUAUAUGCGCCGCCGCUUCCUUCCUAGCUAUUGCACGCCCUCGUUCUCCCUUUCCCCGUCUCGCCCGAGCAGCGGGCCUUGCCCUGCAGGGCUCCUGGUUCCUGCAAAUGGCUUUCUCUCUCUUUACUUCUUUAGUUGCUCAUGGAUGUGUCCUUCGCCAUCGCAGCCGUGCUAACUUUAGUGUUGUCUGCCACGGUCAUGCUGACAUCCACCGCAGCAGCGCUAUAGCCACCCUGCAGUUUAAUUGCCAUCUAGCUGGCUUGGUCACUGUAGCUGUUGGGCUUUAUGCGUUCUUGGCGGGGAAAAAUGGCAGCGGCGGUGGUGGUGGAGGGAUUGGUGGGUACAGACCGAUUAAUAGGGAGUUGCACAGAUUGGAGCAUGUUUCUGCAUCACAUUUCACUUUGGAUUCAGAUGAAGAUGAGGAGACAAAUAUGCCCAAGCAGCAUGAUGCAGCCUCUGUACCUGUGAAUGGUUUUGGAGGUGCCCACUGAUGCUGGAUCCAUAAACCGCUGGUCAUAUGUCCACAUGAACUGGCAAGAGGUUGAGUUGAUGCCAAUUUUUCUUGGGGUAAGCCUAGACAAAUAUAUUCUAGAAUUUAUUAUUGAUUUUUUUUUCCAUAGUUUGGCUGUAACAGUUGUAGUCUAUAAUUUUUCCUCAUUCAAUCUUUUUAAAUGUGUUAAUCACUUUGUUCCUAUGAGCCUUCGAUCAUAGUUGUUGUUGUCAAAUUUAGUGAUCAAUAGAAUACAGGCAAAAGAGAGCAUUGAUUAGCUGAGGUUUCCAAAUUCACAAUGGUAUUGAUUUUAUUGUUGAUUUAUGCAAAGAGAUGAGCUUAGUAAAAGUAUGAAGAUUCUCUUCCAAAAUUAUUGUGGAAUGCCUUAAAAAUCUCUUCUUUAUUGUAAGAUUUUAGAGGCUGAUUUAGACAUUGAUGGUUGAUUGAUAAACUAAAUUCAUUAAAUAUCAUAUAUACUGAAUUGUGAAGUACUUUUGGUGGAGAGAGACAGAAGAAUGGUGAGAAGAGGGAGAGAGGAGGAGCAUGUAAAUAGCAAGCCAAGCCAAGAAACGCAGGUUGCUGGGUCGAACACAUGGCCACGUAUCGAAAACUUUUAAGGUUGUCGCCGUGACAUCUUUUCCGAACACACGAAACGGACACACCUCACGAAUAAUACCGCGCCAAAUGGACCCAGAGUCUUAUUGGUGUUUUCUAUGAUUUUGUCACUGCAUGUGAUUUGCUCAA